AUGAGGUUCGGCAGCGACGACCUCAAGAGCGACGGCUCAUCACGUGAAGACCCAGACCUGCUGUCGAACAACGAUGAGGAAGCUCCAGUGGCUCAGACGUGGGAUCAAUCCCUUGCGCCUGUGGGAGGCCUGACAAAUCGACAAGGUCGAGCGCAAUGCAGAUGUCACCCUGUAGCGUGCGAGUGUCCGGUGGGACUAGUGCCCAACCCGACGAGCAAAAAGUACCAGACGUGGGAACCUGCGGCUAGCAGGUCGGAGACUCACGAUGAGGAAGUUCAGCUCGCUAUGCGCUUUGCUGACAGCGGUAUGCAGUAUUUCCGUGAGUUUUGCAAGACAGACGACUUUGGAAAUGUUAUGAUUGAUGCCAGCGACAACUACAAUUGCAUGUUCACCGCUUUGAAUAUUGCUGCGGGCGCUAUUGGCCUACCGGGCUUAAUCCCUCAGGACGUCGUCGAUAAAUUUUAUCGCGGACGUUUUGAAGCAAGGCCGAGACCUACUCAAGUUUUGCACUAA